AUGGACUUUUCACUCCAAUGCAUUCUCCUUCAUUUAUUGCUUCUUCUCUGCACACAAGAAUCAGAGUCAUUGCUGACGAUAAAACAUAACGAUUAUGAGACUGCAUUCCUCAGAGGAGACGUGACCAUCUUCUGCAACUUGACAAGUCUGGCAAAUGUUGAGCAAAUCACCUGGCAAAAGAUCCAAGGCUCUUUGCCUCAAAAUAUUGGCACUUACAGUCGCAAAUACGGGGAAAAGAUCCUCCCACCAUAUGUAAACAGGCUACACUGCAAGAUCCUGGAACCCAGCGCCUCCUUCAUAACUAUCCAGAAAGUGACAUUUGAAGAUAAAACCUGCUACAAGUGUCUGAUGAACACUUUUCCAUAUGGCAGCCAUGGAGGACAAACCUGUCUUAACAUUUUAACUGUAUCUGAGUUAGUAACUGAACUCCAGUCUGUUCCUGGCUCUGAAGAUCUCCAUCAUCUUCAUUGUUCAGCUCUGGGAAAGCCUGCCCCUGGAAUCUCAAUUCACCCUUCACAAGCUAUAGUGUCCACAGAAGAGUAUUCUGUUCAGAACCGCAAUACCACAGUGACUGUCACUAAAAGCUACAACAUCUCUUUGAAAACUGUGAUGUCCUUGGGUCUCCAUAACCUGGUUGUGUCCAUGACUCACCCGCUAAGACAUGAAGAGAAGAUAGUUCCUCUGCCAUUACAUCAAGAAAAAAAUAGCUUUUAUAAGGAUAGAAUUUGCCCUAUUAAUGAGUAUGAUUUGAAGUCAGAGAACGUGCCUGAACCAUCAUCAACACAGAUGCCUAGCCCACUAUCAACACUGUUGCCCACAGCAGCAGAGACAGAGAACAUAACGAGCCACCAUGACAGACAUAACUGA